AUGACUUCAUUGUAUGCUAAAAAGAUGACAAUGCUUGCUGGACGAAUAUUCAGAGAUGUUGGCAAACAAGUUGAUAGCAAAUCAAUGAAAGUUGUUCGAAUAAUGAGUGAAUUACCUCGCCCAAUGAUCUUAAAAGAUUAUUAUCCUCCAUUAGAAGAAUAUAGUAAUAUUUUACAAAAACUACGCUAUUUGGGUUUGUUUAGAAAUGAACAUGCAGAUUUUCGUGAAGAAAUGGCACGUCUACGUCAAUUGCGUGGCAAAGGGAAACGGAAGAAGGGUGAAAGUAAACGAGGACUAUCACAAUAG